AUGCUUCACCAUGAGGGAAAACUCUUUGAAUGUCCAAUUGAGGACUGCAAGCACCGAUUUGCAUAUCAGGGUAAUAUGACGCGGCAUGUGAAAGAGUUCCAUGAAGAACCUGUUUCUGAUGAUGAUGAGAGUCUUGAGGCCCCAAAGGAACACAUCUGUCAAGAACACGGGUGUGGAAAGGUCUUCAAGUAUCGAUCCCAAUUGCUUAAACACGAGAGUUCUCAUGUUAAGUUAGACUCGGUGGAAGCACUAUGUGGAGAGCCUGGAUGUAUGAAAUAUUUUACAAAUGUGAAGUGCCUCAAGGAGCAUAUUAGGUCCUGUCAUCAGUAUGUGACAUGCGAUAAAUGUGGUCAAAAGCAGCUUAAAAAGAACAUUAAACGUCACAUGCGUAUGCAUGAGUCAGUGAAUACCUCUGAGAGAAUCAAGUGUAGCUUCGAGGGAUGCUUGCUAACGUUUUCAAAUAAUUCGAAUCUCAAGAUGCAUAUCAAUGCUGUUCAUUUGGAAAUAAAACCAUUUGCCUGCAGCAUACCUGGCUGUCACUUGAAAUUUGCAUUUAAGCACGUUCGGGACAAUCACGAAAAAUCUGGGUGUCACGUUUAUACUCCGGGAGAUUUCGAAGAAUCUGAUGCUCAAUUUCGGUCUAUGCCGAGAGGCGGCCGGAAAAGGAAGUUACCUGUUAUUGAGACGCUGCUGAGGAAAAGGGUUGUCCCGCCUAGUGAAUCGGAGCUUGGUAUGACCUCCUCCAGUGAUGAAGAACAUGAUAUUGUGAGUUCUAUUCACUGCUGA